AUGGAGCCAUUUUCAGACGCAGUAGAAGUCAGGAAGGAAGUGCAAAACUUGCGCGUUGUUACCACCCCCUUGUCGACUCCUGAGACUGCGGUCGUGACGCGGGACUUAUCAGCCACAAAAGCUGCUGAUCUGAUAACAUCUCCUGUGACAACUAGUAAAGUGACCUCUUCAUUCGAGGAUCGCCAUGACGUUGUUUUUGGAUACGAUGCUGCAAUGAAAUAUUUGGCCAACUACACGACACCUAAAGGUUCAGAUGAGAAGCUCUUUUUAUUCUUUACGUGCGGAAACGAGCACGGCCAGCAUCGAAAUUGGCGAAGUGUGUGUGUAUACGCAUCGCAGCUGGUAUACAAAGUUUUUACAACAUCUCCAUCGCGGAAUAGAUUGCUAAUUAUCUACACCGGCUCACGACAGGACUGGGUGACUCCUAACGCUUUCGUUACAGAUGGGGAUCUAAAGGUUAAAAUGAUUCCUGCAAUCAUGCAGUGGCAUGGAGGUGCUCCUGGGGCAAAGCGUGCCACGUCUGGUAUGAUCCUCGAGGAGAGUUUGUUGUACGAGCCGCUGCUGCGGUAUCUCUUUAAGAACGAAGACUUUUUAGAUCCUCUAUUAGCUCCAGAAAAGAUUGCAUCAAAAGAGAUUGUUUUGCUUAAGGGAUACAAGAGCUACCGGUCGUACAUGGAUACCAUUGCGGCUGGAGGGAAUUCGUCGCUGACUAUUCCGACAGGACCGAUGUUUCUCUUUUUCGUUGCUGGCCGACUGGAAUCCAACGACCGUCCCUGGUGUCCAUACUGCCGCUUCUCUGAAACUUCGGUCGAGUACGCGUAUUACGCGUUUGCACCAGAAGGAUCACGGCUCGUAAAGGUGGAGACGGUGAAUUCUUAUAGCAUUUGGAAAAAUCGUGCUAAAAACGAGUGGAGGCAGGACACGAGCUUAAUGAUUCGUGGCGUGCCAUGGAUGUACCGGGCGACUUUAGACACGAAUGCCCACACUUUUUCGUAUGCGCGAUAUCAAGCGCGCUUUGACCGUCCUGACGAUCUACAAGGUGUAUUCCAAGGCUGGAAGAACCCACUCUAA